GGAUAAGAAAAUGGACGAUCUGCGAUCUGUCAGAUCCGCACCGAGAAUCAAAAUUACCUACCCGAUCGCCAAAAAAGCUACCCGAUCGCCGCGGGGCCGAGCCCUACUUCCACGCUUGGCAACGCGGCUUAACUGAAUCCAAAUAUUCGUUUAUGUGCUGCAUUUACUUUGUUCGUCGCGCGUUUAAAACGCCUAGCUCCAACCAAUUCGGUGUGAAAAACAGAAAAGAUUGUCCAAGUUAAACGUUUCAGCGAGCUUUAUUUCACACCAUGUCAGGGGCUGUGGUUGAAAAUCUUAGCAACCGCAAGCUAAUUGUUUUAAUAUCUUUCCUCCUUAUAUGUCUCCUGGGAUGCUUUCUUCUUGGUGGCUUGGUUGCACCAGCACCAUCCAAUGUUCAAUCAGUGUUGGCCACAAAAUGCUAUGAUCAUGGACAAAAUAAAAGCAAAUUUUUCUAUGUACGACCUUCCGGUGGUUGUGACAAGAUUGAUGAUUUGCAUGGGCCAGAAGCAGAGGAGAGGCACAUUACUGAUAAAAAUGUUGUUUUUGCUUUUCAGUUACCAAUACCUCGGGGAGGAAUAGAGUUGGACUACUCUCGUUGGAUGCAAAAUCUAAUUGGAAUUCUGCAAAUUGAUGUCACAUAUUUUAAAGAGUGGGAAUUGAUGGAGCCUAGAGUUCCUGUUACAAUUGAAGCUAGGCUUGGUUAUCGUAACAAAGGAGAUCCUGAUGAUGAAUGGAAGGAAUAUGCUACUUCUACUGAAAUGCGGUCUAUGGAUUGUUCACCACCUGAAAGAGACGGCUAUCUUUAUAAUUGCUCACUUCUACCGCUUUUCGAGCUUGGUGCACUGCAUCACGACUACUAUCUUCUGAAUCUGCGAUUUCCCGUGAUCUAUGAAAACAAUCGAGGACUCGGUCCAGUUGCUGAUCUUUGGCUAGUCGUCAUCAAUCAGAAUGGGGGUUUCACCAAAGUUUGGCUAUCAUUGAAGACAAUUUUCUUCCCCAUGGUGGUAGGGGUCAUGGUGUGGUUUUGGCGCCGUGUUCAACUACUAGCUAGGCAACCGACAUUGCUAGAAUCUAUGCUUUUGGCUCUUGGCGUCGCUUUAUCAACUUUAAACUUACCACUUGAGUAUCUAACUCUCAGUUUUGAGAUGCCCUUCAUGCUGCUUCUAGGGGAUAUGAAACAGGGUAUUUUUUAUUCAAUGCUGCUAUCAUUUUGGCUUGUUUUUGCCGGAGAACACCUUAUGAAUCAGGAUGAUAAUGAACGAAAAGGAUUGAGAGGUUAUUGGAAACAGCUCAGUUGUGUAGGUGUUGGUUGCUUAUCCAUGUUUAUAUUCGAUAUGUGUGAACGAGGCAUUCAACUAAGGAAUCCUUUCUAUUCCAUCUGGGCAAAUGAAAUCGGCACGCAAAUUGCGCUCAGUUUUGUCAUCAUUGCUGGUAUAGCUGCUGGAGUUUAUUUUCUAUUCCUGUCGUACAUUAUCUACCGUGUGUUCCGCAAUAUCAGUGCCAAGCGCCAGGCGUUACCAGCUAUGGCCUCUGCUCGAAGGCAUUUCUAUGAAGGUGUCAUUUACAGAUUCAAAUUUCUAAUGUUGGCCACAUUGCUAUGCGCCGCCAUGACCGUCAUUGGUUUCAUUUUGGGUCAGGUUUCGGAAGGCAAGUGGAAAUGGGAUGAAGAUAUCAAUUUGGAGUAUACAUCUGCCUUCUUCACGGGAGUCUAUGGAAUGUGGAACGUUUAUAUCUUGGCGCUCCUUUGCUUGUAUUCUCCUUCCCACAAGCGCUGGCCUAGCGAAAAUGCUGGACAAGAUGAAACUAAUGAAGAAAUCGAGUUCACCCCGCUGCCAACUGAACCUAGUGAGCUUUCAUCGCUUACCGCCAUGAUAAAAAAAACAGCAACGGAUUAGUCCAACACGCUAUAUGGCUCAAUGCUUUCUGUCAUAUCAAGUUUCUAUACAUUGUAGUGUGGUUCUUGAUAACGUCCCAUCGUUUAAGUUUAAGGCUCGUAAGUUUUUGAGUUCAUUAAAAUCUCCAACUUGCUAAGUGUUAUCGAUUUCUCAAGUGUUAUGAAACACUUAUAGCCAUUCUUUCUCUUUUAACGGAGUGCAUUCCUAAUGUUAUUUAUCUCCUUGCAUGCGUCUUUCCCCCGUAACCUAAUAUCACGUUUCAUUGGAAUCACUGAUCAAAUAUAAUACUCUUCCCAUC